AUGCGGGAGGUUGAGAGUUUAACACCUCCAAGCUUUAGGGGACUUCGAAACAAGGAUGGUAUGACAGCUGAAGAACUAUUUAGAGAAAGUCACAAAGAGUUAAUCAAGCAAGGAAAGAAAUGGAUAAAGGCCUCAUCAUCUUCAUGCUCAGUUGUUGGUGCCCUAAUUGUGACCAUUAUGUUCGCAGUACCUUUUACAGUUCCAGGUGGAAGUGAUCAAACUACUAGAGACCCCCUAUUUAUCAAACAACCAUUUUUCACGGUUUUCAUAUUCUCAACCAUAUUAUCUCUUCUCUCUUCUUCAUCUUCAGUUUUAAUGUUUCUAGCCAUCAUUACCUCUCAAUACUCAGACGAAAAGUUCCUUAGAUCCUUACCAACAAAAUUGAUUUCGGGUCUUUCUUUUCUUUUCAUCUCCAUAGUAGGCAUGAUGAUAGCAUUUCUUUCUACCAUUCGUCUAAUGUUAAAGCAUACAAACUACUCAUGGGGUCUCCUUCCCAUUAUCAUACUUGCAAGUGUUCCGGUCUUCCUCUUUGUGCUGUCACAAUUCCCUCCUCUUCUUCACACUUUUGUUUCCACGUAUGGGAGUAUCUUUGACAGGAAAGGGAAGCCGUGGCCAUGA